GCCUCCUGCCCCUCCUCCCGAUUCUCCGGGCUCCGCUGCCUUCGUUCGCGACCGCACAGAGCCGGGGCCGGGCCGGAGCGCUGUCCCUCUGUCCCUUGCCUCUCUGUCCGCCUGUCCCCGCCAUGCUGUGCGGCCGCUGGAGAAGGGCCCGCCGCCCGUCCGAGGAGUCCCCGGCGCCCGCCAGAGUCACUGCGCCCCUCGAGCUCCCGCCGUCGCCGGACCACACUGCCCCGAGGCCGGGGUCGCGCGCCCUGAAGAAGAUGGGCCUCACAGAGGACGAGGACGUGCAUGCCAUGCUGCGGGGCUCGCAGCUGUGCAAGAUCCGCUCGCACACGUGGCAGAAGGAGCGGCUGUACCGGCUGCAGGAGGACGGCCUCAGCGUGUGGUUUCAGCGGCGCUUCCCGCAUGCGCCCUCAAGGCACAUCUUCCUCGUGCAGCACAUUGAGGCCGUGCGCCAGGGCCACCAGUCCGAGGGCCUGCGGCGCUUCGGAGCCGCCUUCCCACCCGCACGCUGCCUGACCAUCACUUUCCGCGGCCGACGCAAGAACCUGGACCUGGUGGCACGGUCAGCCGAGGAGGCACAGCACUGGGCACGGGGCCUGGACAAGCUGCGGGUGCGGCUGGAGGCCAUGAGCCAGUGGGAGCGCCUGGACCACUGGAUCCACUUCUACCUGCACCGGGCAGACUCCAACCAGGACAGCAAGAUGAGCUUCAAGGAGAUCAAGAGCCUGCUGUGCAUGGUCAACGUGGACGUGAACGACAUGUAUGCCUACCGUCUCUUCAAGGCGUGUGACCAGUCCAAUGACGAGCGGCUGGAGGGUGGGGAGAUCGAGGAGUUCGUGCGGCAGCUGCUCAAGCGCCCAGAGCUAGAAGAGCUCUUCUGCCAGUUCUCUGGCGAGGAUCGUGUGCUGAGCACCUCCGAGCUGCUAGAGUUCCUGAAGGCACAGGGCGAAACAGGAGCCACGCUGGCCCACGCGAGGCAGCUCAUCCAGACCUAUGAGCUCCACGAGACAGCCAAGCGCCACGAAUUGAUGACCCUGGACGGCUUCAUGAUGUACCUGCUGUCACCCGAGGGGGCUGCCCUGGACCCCGCACAUGCCCUAGUGUUCCAGGACAUGGGCCAGCCCCUCACACACUACUUCAUCUCCUCCUCUCACAACACCUACCUGACCGACUCCCAGAUCGGGGGCCUCAGCAGCACCGAGGCCUACAUCCGGGCCUUCUCCCAGGGCUGCCGCUGUGUGGAGCUGGAUUGUUGGGAGGGCCCGGGCGGCGAGCCUGUCAUCUACCACGGCCACACACUCACCUCCAAGAUCCUCUUCCGAGACGUAGUCCAGGCGGUGCAUGACCACGCCUUCGAGCGGUCCCCCUACCCUGUCAUCCUGUCCCUUGAGAACCACUGUGGGCUGGAGCAGCAGGCUGUCAUGGCUCACCACCUGCGGACUAUCUUGGGGGACCAGCUGGUGACAGAGGUGCUGGGCACCCAGGAUCCCCAGGAGCUGCCGUCUCCGGAGCACCUGAAGGGCCGGGUGCUGGUGAAGGGGAAGAAGCUGCCGGGCUCGUGGGGCGAGGACAGCCGCCCAGUGUCGGACAGAGAGGAGGAGGAGGAGGAGGACGGGGAGGCUGUGGGGCCUGCACAGCACAGGGCUCCCUCGCAGGCCGGGCCCCAGGCUGGGCAGAUCUCCCCGGAGCUGUCGGCCCUGGCUGUGUACUGUUGUGCCACCCGCCUGCAGACCCUGCAGCCCGGCCCCGGCCCGGCCCAGCCCUGCCAGGUCAGCUCCCUCAGCGAGCGCAAGGCCCGGAAGCUCCUGCGGGAGGCAGGGAAUAGCUUUGUCCGGCACAACACCCGCCAGCUGACCCGCGUGUACCCGCUGGGACUGCGCGUGAACUCGGCCAACUACAGCCCCCAGGAGAUGUGGAACGUGGGCUGUCAGCUGGGUGUCCUCUGGGCAAGCCCAGCAGGCAGUGGGGCAGCUAUCCUGAGGGCCUUCUGCAGCGCACCUGAAGGACAGCAGGGAGGAGGUGCAGUGGCCCUGAACUUCCAGACUCCGGGCUAUGAGAUGGACCUCAACACAGGCCGUUUCCUGGUCAAUGGGCGGUGCGGCUACGUCCUGAAGCCCCUCUGCCUGCGGCAGCCAGACACAGCAUUUGACCCAGGGCGCCCUGGACCCCCCAACACCACACUAACGAUCCAGCCCUGCCCAUCUCCUCAGGUGCUCAGUGCCCAGCAGCUGCCCAAGCUGAACACUGAGAAGCCCGGCUCCAUCGUGGACCCCCUGGUGCGCGUGGAGAUCCACGGAGUCCCUGAGGACUGCGCCCAGCAGGAGACCAGCCACGUGCUCAACAACGGCUUCAACCCGCGCUGGGGUCAGACCCUGCAGUUCCUGCUGCGGGCCCCGGAGCUGGCCCUGGUGCGCUUUGUGGUGGAGGACUACGACACGGCCUCCCCUAACGACUUCGUGGGCCAGUUCACGCUGCCCCUCAGCAGCCUGAAGCAAGGGUACCGCCACAUCCACCUGCUCGCCAAGGACGGGGCCCCACUGUCCCCCGCCACACUCUUCAUCCAUGUCUGCGCACAGCACUCCUGAGGGCUGAGGACCCAGGACGUGUCCAGCAGCGAGCCCACUCCUCCCCGCACCUGGCCGCCUGGUGCUGCGGGCUGCUGGCCUGAGGGCACAGACACGGGGCAGCUUGCGCUGGUGCAGGGGCUGCUGCCACCAGGACCUGAGGGGCUGGUGACCCUGAGCCCCGGGCCCCUGCAGACCUGCCCCAGCCCCCUUCCUGGGAGGCCCUCCCCUACCCAUCUUGGUGGCGCCUCAAGCCCUCAGCCCUCCAGGCUUGCCCCGCCUCCUCCCUCCUGCCAAGCAGGAAGGAAGCUCAAGGUGGAGCCAGAAACCUGGCCUUAGGUUGGCAACUGGGUCCCAGGAGAGCCCUGGGAGGGCAGUAGAGAGGCGUCUAUUUUAAUAAAGAAGCUGCUUUCCUCCGCA